AAGGAUUAUUAUAAGCGAAUAUACGUUCGUUAAUGCACGUAGUAAAUGUAUGUAGGUGUAAAAAAAAUAGUAAUAAUAAAAUGUAAUACUUUUUGCCUAUGAAAACAUUUAAAAGUUAAAAGUUGUCGAGUAAAAUAGCAAUAAAGCUGACAAACGAUUCGAAGGGAAGAAAAAAAGGCGGCGACAUUAUUAUUUGAAAUUGUCAACGAUAACAAAUGUUAGUCAGCGUGUGUACCUACUAAUAGUCAGUUGGAUCUAGAUCUUCGGGCGGGACAGUUCGUCGGAUCAAACAGUAAAUUUAUUUCUUCGCUUCAGUUAUUUAUAUAGAGUUUAACUUUUUUAUUUUUAAUAUUAAGUGUUAUUGAUUUUACUGACAUUGACAUGGAAAUAUUAAACAAAUGGUCAUUUGAAUAGAUUACACAUAUCACGCAAGAAUAAAUUACUUACGACUCAAAAUAAUCUAAAUAUAUUUUCAAAUUAACGUGUCAUUAAUUUUUUAUUUUGACCAGUGAUAAACUUUAAGUGCUGUCAUAGUUUUAACGAGUGUGUUUGUGGUGAUAUAUAUAUCUAUAAAUGUAAUUACUUUAUGUAUUUAAUGUUUGAAAUUACCGAUGAUGUGAUUACUUAAGCGGUAAUGUGGCUAUUCUUAAAAUAUAUAUUUACGCGCGGAAAAUUCACUUUGACCUUGAUUAAAAGCACGUCAGUACUCUAAGAUUCACACGGAAGAGAUAAAAAAAAUUAAUACAUAUAUGAAUUAAUAUAUAUAUGCAUGUAUCUUAAUAUAUAGGCCGCGAAGAAUAUUACUUAAUCACUUACCUAAUUUUUAUAAAUAGAAGUUCAUAAAUUCUUAUUGAAAUUUUUUUCUUGGAUAAAACGCAUGUAAUUGUUAUCAUGACAAGUGAAAAGAAUAUCUAUAUUUAACUAUUUAACGAAAAUAAAUAAUCUUAAAAAAUUUCAAGAAUUGAUAAUCGAAGGCGUGUUCGUGUGGCAGCAAUUAUUAUAACAAUCAGUUAAAUAAUGAUGAUUGAAUAUUCAUGUAAACCUUUGUGAAAAAAUCUAUAUAAACAGUAAUGCUACAACGGCCACUAAAAGUCACUGAAGCGGAUUUAUUAAUCGACCGUAAAAUGGUGGAAAAUAUCGAAAAGUUACCUUCGAAUAAUUUAUUAAAACCAAAUAAUGGUGAAGCAAAUGAUGGGACUGGUGAAAUUGACACCGAGUUUGUAGUCAAGUAUCAGGGAAAAACUUUUGAGAUAAGUGGAUUUUUAAAACACCAUCCGGGAGGACGUCAAACACUCAAAGCUUAUAAGGGAUUGGCGCUAGAUAAUGUUUUCAAAGACAUAAAACAUUCCGAGGCGGCAUUCCAUUUGUUUAAUGAAUUCAAAGUCAACAAUGAAAAUAAUUAUCAAGAUGUAGAGACUUUAGUUGAUUGGAACGCUCCGCUACUGGGCCAAGUCGGGUCACUGUCAAACAAAUAUUGGGAGUGGGUUAAUCUACCCGUUAAUCGUCCAAUCCGUCUUUUCAAAUCGAAUUACUUGGAAAUACUCACAAUCACACCCUGGUACAUGGUACCGGUUUUUUGGAUACCGAUUUCUAUUUAUUUUCUGUACCUCGGAUUAAUGAAAAAUAUUUCCGAGUCAUUUCAUUACUCCGUCUGUUAUAAAGUAUUGGCAUUUUUGUCGGGUUUAUUAAUUUGGACGCUACUCGAGUACACUCUUCACCGAAAACUUUUUCAUUUAAAACCACCAGCUAAUUCAAAACUUCUUAUUUCACUACAUUUUAUCCUUCAUGGAAUUCAUCAUAAAGCACCAUUUGAUGACCGACGACUGGUUUUUCCUCCAAUUCCCGGUAUGCUAGUAGCAUUUAUUUUUUAUCAAAUAUACAAAAUUAUAUUUCCUAUAACAGUAAUAAAUAUAAUUACUGCUGGAACCAUGACAGGAUACUUAUGUUAUGAUUUAAUUCAUUACUAUUUACAUUAUGGAACACCAAAUCCGGAAAGUUAUUUAUACGAAAUGAAAAGAUAUCACAACUAUCACCAUUUCUCCCACCACGACGCAGGUUUUGGUAUAAGCAACAAAUUGUGGGAUUGCGUCUUCAACACACUGAUAAUAUUAAGGCAAUUGAAAAAGGCCAUUAUUUGGUAAUUUAUUUUUAGUAAUAAAUAGUAUUCAUUGUAAAAUAAGUAACAAUAUUUUUUCUACGUGUCAAUUGUUUGUGAGUCAUAAAAAAUUUAUAAAAAUAAUAUGAUAAAUAAAAACAAUACUU